AUGGAUGGGAGUUUCAGUCUGGAUUCUGCACUGGAGAGGUUCCUCUCUCGUUGCCCAAAGCUGCGAUCGUUUCCGAAUUUCGAUUGGCUCUCGAAAAAGGGAGACAAGGUUACCGAAGAUGAAGUGGUGAAAGCGCUAGUGGAGGUGUUUGUGAAUCCUUGUUAUACUAUUCCCCUGGUAGGAUGUUUUCGGCCUAUAGUUGAGGAGGUUGUGGUUAAGACUGUGGAGUUGCUUCGGCUGGUGCCCAAUUUGGGGACUAAUACUGACACAAGAGUUGAGAGUUUUGGGGAAGAUGGUGAUUUAAGUGAGGUGUAUAGUGUUGUUGAGUUUUACAAUAGAGCUGGGAGGGGAUUGGAUCUUCAUGAGCAUGCUUGUUUGGCCUUCUGUCGUGCCCUUGAUUUGGCUCCUUUUUUGAUGGGGUCUGUAGAAAGUUAUUUCAAAUUUUCUCCACCACCAUUUGAGCGCAUUUUGAAGAGACCAAAAAAUUCUGAUCUCUCUUUUGAGGUUGGAACUGGUGUAUUGUAUGCUGUACGGAUUUCUUACCGCCUCCUAUUAACGGAAUAUAAUAAAUUCUCUAAAUUUUGGGACUUGUCUUGUUUCUUGGAGCUUGUUAGCCGCUGUGCAAAUCUUGAUCUGCGCUGUAGUACUUCAGAUAUAUUGGAAGUUAUCACAGACAUAAGAUGGUGCGGACUGCAGAUAGUGUCACUUAUUCUUAAGCUCAGUGAUAAAGGAAUUUCAAAUUUGGGUAUCGGAGAUGAGGAUGCAUUUUCAUGUUUAUUGAGAUGGAAAGAAUUUUGUCGGGAUGUCUCUUUGGAAAAUGCUGGCUUGUUUGUUGAUUCGUUCAAUCGAGAGGAAGUCGAGUCACAGAGUGCAAGCAGUGCAUAUCGUCAGAGAAGCUGUUUGCUGCCUUCUAGUCUUAAUACUAUGCCUAUUCCUUCAUCACAGUGUUAUGCAAUUGAGCCACAAAUUAAGAGACAAAGGUGAGCUCUGUGGAAUGACAUAUCAGGUGCAAAUCCAUUUGUCUUGACAUCAGCUGUGAAGAAAAGUUAUGAGAUGAUGCUCUUAGCUGUAAAUCAAAGGUGGCCUGUUCUUCUUUAUGGUCCCACCGGCAGUGGGAAAUCUGCUCUCAUCAGCAAGUUGUCUGAGGACAGUGGCAAUCAAGUUUUAUCAAUUCACAUGGAUGAUCAAAUUGAUGGUAGAACACUCAUUGGCAGUUAUGUCUGCACUGAAAAACCUGGCGAGUUUAGAUGGCAGCCGGGGUCACUUACCCAGGCUGUUUCUUUGGGGUAUUGGGUUGUCUUUGAGGAUAUAGACAAAGCACCAUCUGAUGUGCAUUCCAUCAUAUCACCCUUGCUGGAUGGUGCACGCUUCUUUGCAACAGGGCACGGACAGGAGAUUAGGGUGGCCCAAAGUUUCCGACUAUUUUCCACAAUUUCAACUUCAAAUCUUGAUGUAUCAUGUAUUGCAGAAGGUGGGAGUUCACUUUCUGCCGUUUGGAGGAGAGUAAUGGUUGCACCUUCAACUAUUGAGGACUUGCAAAUGAUAGUGAAAGUGUGUUAUCCAAGUUUAGAGUCUCUCUCUGUCAAGCUCACAGAAACACUUGGAAGUGUCAACUCUGUCAUAUUACACCAAAUUGGUGGAUAUCAACCUGGAAACUCUGCUUGUGGUAGUUACCUAAGUAGAUUCUCUUCAAGGGAUCUCCUCAAAUGGUGCAAACGCAUAGAAGGGCUGAAAUUAAGCUUUUAUGGGGAUAAUUUGGAUUGUGACGCGAGAGUACGCAUCUAUGAGGAGGCUGUUGCCAUAUUUGCUGCUUUCUCAACAUCUGUGAGAAGUCGGUUAACUAUAAUGAAAGAGAUCGCCAGAUUAUGGGAAGUGCCAUCAGAUUAUUCAGAAACUUUGUAUCCAUCUCACAAAUACAAACUCCAGGAAUUACUAACAGAAUUAAGAGUUUCCCUCCUUCACUCUCAGAGCAAUUUUUGUGGCAAAAGGAAGUCUUUUAUUGAUUUGGAUAGGUCCAUAUGUUUGCUCGAGAGACUAGCUUCAUCGGUAAAGUGGAAUGAGCCUGUUCUCCUGGUUGGUGAAACUGGGACCGGGAAGACUACACUUGUUCAGGACCUGGCUGGAAGACUUGAUCGGAAGUUAACUGUUCUGAACUUGAGUCAGCAAAGUGAUGUUGCCGACUUAUUAGGAGGAUAUAAACCCAUGGAUGAAAGUUUCGUGUAUCCUCUCUUGUAUAAGGAGUUUGAGCAUCUAUUCAAGAAAUCAUUUUCGGUGCAGAAUAACAAUAUUUUUCUUAUGGAUUUGCAAGAGGCUCUUUACAGAAAAAAUUGGGAAAAGGUUAGAAAAAUCUUUACAAAGGCAGUUGACCAUUUCCAGAAGUCUGUGAAGGAAAGAAUGGAGUUGGUAAAAAAGGAAAGAAUUGAGUCAGUUGAAGAGACAAAAAAUGUGUCCCUUAAAAAGCGAAAACGGAUGAAACCUCGGACUGAUGAAGAAAUUAAAGCAUGGGAAAACUUUAAAUAUAACCUAGAGAAUGUCCGUGGAAUGAUAUUUUCAUUUGUAGAAGGAGCGUUUAUAACUGCAAUGAAAAAUGGUGAGUGGGUUUUGCUUGAUGAGGUGAAUUUGGCUCCUCCGGAGACCUUGCAGAGGAUAAUGGGUGUUCUUGAAGGAGAGCAUGGGUCACUUUGUUUAGCAGAAAGAGGGGAUAUUAGUUAUAUCGAACGACACCCUAACUUCCGUGUAUUUGCCUGUAUGAAUCCUGCUACUGAUGCUGGCAAGCGGGACUUGCCUUUAUCUCUAAGGAGCAGAUUUACAGAGUACUUUGUUGAUGAGGUUUUAGAUGAUAAAGAUCUGGAACGGUUUGUUGAGGAGACUUUUGGAGGCUUAAAGCCAAAAGAAGGUUUAGUAAAGAAGAUUGUGUGUUUUUACAAAACGGCAAAGAAAUUAUCUGAAGAAAAGCUACAGGAUGGUGCUAAUCAGAAACCACAAUAUAGUUUAAGGUCUCUCUACCGUGCUUUAAAAUAUGCAGAGGAGGCCGAAAGGUAUUUUGGAUUUGAAAAAGCGAUAUAUGAUGGGUUCUGUAUGUUCUUUCUCACUUUGUUGGAUAGAAGUAGUGCUGUAGCCAUGGAAAAAGUGAUCUUAGAACAUUUAUUGGAGAAGAAGUCUCCAAAAAGAGUUCCGUAUAAUCGUUACUUGUCCAGAUGCUACACCAUUGGAGAGAACUCUGAUGAGUUUAGAAAGAAGUACAUCAUAACUGAAAGUGUUGAGGAGCAUCUCAGGAGCUUGUCUCGUGCUAUUUGGACAAAAAAACAGAAGUAUCCCGUUCUCUUGCAGGGGCCUACAUCCAGCGGCAAAACUAGCCUUGUCCGGUAUCUUGCUGCAGUAACAAAUCAUAAUUUUGUACGGAUAAAUAAUCACGAACACACAGAUUUGCAGGAAUAUCUUGGUUCCUAUGUAGUUGAUAUUUCUGGGAAUCUUGUAUUCCAGGAAGGUGUGCUGGUAAAAGCUGUACGAAAUGGCGAUUGGAUUGUUCUAGAUGAGCUUAACCUGGCCCCAUCUGAUGUGCUGGAAGCAUUAAAUCGAUUGUUGGAUGACAAUAGGGAGCUUUUUGUGCCUGAGCUGCAGGAAAGCAUUCAUGCACAUCCCAGUUUUAUGCUUUUUGCUACGCAGAAUCCACCCGGUCUUUAUGGUGGGCGUAAAAUGCUUUCUCGGGCUUUCCGCAAUCGUUUUGUAGAGGUCCAUGUAGAUGAAAUUCCUGAUUCUGAGUUGAGCACAAUCUUAGAGAGGCGGCGGCCUGGAUUAUCUCCAAAGAUGGCCAAGAACAUGGUUGCUGUAAUGAAGAAAUUGCAAGAGAAGAGGCAGACAAGCAACGUCUUUGCCGGGAAACAUGGGUUUAUUACUCCACGUGAUUUGUUCCGCUGGGCUGAUCGUUUCAUAGAACUUGGGGCGAAGCCAGAGGAUCUGGUCCGAGACGGUUAUUAUCUUUUGGCAGAGAGGUUGCGGGAUGAAGGUGAGAAAUGUGUGGUUAAAAAUGUUCUGCAGGCAACCUUCCGUGUUGACCUUGGUGACUUGUAUGAUCAGGAGCAUGUUCCCAACUUGCCUAAUUGUCCUGACCUACCUGAGAAUCUCAAUGUUAGUUGGACGAACAGUAUGCGGAGAUUGCACUUUCUUGUGGACCGUUGCUAUAGAGUGAAGGAGCCCGUACUUCUUGUUGGUGAAACAGGGGCUGGAAAGACAACUGUCUGUCAGUUACUGAGUGUUAUUUUGCGUUCAAAAUUGCACAUUUUAAAUUGUCAUCAGUACUCGGAGACUUCUGAUUUCCUUGGGGGGUUUUAUCCUAUCCGAGAUAGAUCAAGACUGAUGUCAGAUUUUAAGAAAGGAAUUGAAGAACUAAUGACUGCAGAAGUGUCUAAACGCCUUCAUCUGGACCGUAGUCUUUCUUCAGACAUAGGUGAAGCCUCUUCAGUGUUGUCAUAUCUAGACAAGAUAUUCAGAGAUCACAAAGGCCGUUCUGAUGUCUCAAGUGAAGACAGAACGACUUUGCAAGAGAUGAUGGUGAGGCUCUCGAAGAUGCACCAUGAGUGGAAAAAACCUUUUAUGUGGCAGGAUGGGCCACUUGUUCAGGCAAUGAAGAAGGGUGAUCUCUUUCUCGUGGAUGAGAUUUCCCUUGCUGAUGAUAGUGUACUUGAAAGGUUGAACAGUGUCUUGGAGCCAGAAAGAACUCUGUCUUUGGCUGAGAGAGGAGGUCCUGAGCUGGAGGAAAUUGUUGCUCAUGAGAGGUUCUUUUUGCUUGCUACAAUGAAUCCUGGGGGUGACUUUGGCAAGAAGGAACUGUCUCCAGCUCUACGCAACCGGUUUACAGAGAUUUGGGUGCCUCCUGUAGAUGAUAUAGCUGAGCUCAGAAGUAUCGCAUUGAAGAGAUUGUCCUCCCCGAAGCUCACCUGCAUCCUGGAUCCUAUGUUGAAUUUCUGGAAGUGGUUCAAUGACUUGAAACUAGGGAGAAUGCUUACUGUGAGAGAUCUGCUGUCUUGGGUUGACUUUAUUAAUGUAACCGAAAUCACAUUAGGAUCUCAGUAUGCAUUCCUUCAUGGUGCAUUCCUUGUUUUGCUUGAUGGACUAAGUUUAGGGAGUGGGAUGUCUAAAAGCAACGCGGAGGAGCUAAGAGAGCGAUGCCUAUCAAAUCUUUUAAUGCAGAUGAAGGUGUGUGGCACUGAUAAACAGGUCUACCCAUUGCAAAAUUUUGGUUGGGGUGAUCUUGAAACAGCGACAGCCAAUUUGGGCAGUGAUAGCAUGCAUUGUGACAACAUUUUUGGUGUCUAUCCAUUCUUCAUAGCAAAAGGUUCUGAGAAUUGUGAUGCUGAAGGUUUUGAGAUUUUGGCACCAACCACCAGGAGAAAUGCAUUGCGGGUUUUACGAGCUAUGCAGCUUCCUAAACCUGUUCUACUAGAAGGUAGUCCAGGUGUUGGGAAAACUAGUUUGGUAGUUGCCUUGGGAAAAUUUUCUGGUCACAAAGUUGUAAGGAUAAAUUUGUCUGAGCAGACUGAUAUGAUGGACUUGUUGGGAUCAGAUUUACCAGUUGAAAGUGAUGACGGAAUGAAGUUUGCCUGGUCAGAUGGGAUCUUACUGCAGGCUUUGAGAGAAGGUUCUUGGGUUUUGCUUGAUGAACUCAAUCUUGCACCCCAGUCUGUGUUGGAGGGUUUGAAUGCUAUUCUGGAUCAUCGAGCUGAGGUCUUCAUACCAGAGUUGGGCUGUACUUUUAAGUGUCCACCCUCGUUCAGAAUAUUUGCUUGUCAAAAUCCUUCUCAUCAAGGUGGCGGCAGAAAAGGCCUUCCAAAAUCCUUUCUCAACCGUUUCACUAAGGUUUAUGUGGAGGAGUUGGUUGUUGAUGAUUAUCUUUUUAUCUGUAGCUCACUUUAUCCUUCAAUCUGUACAUCUCUGCUUUCAAAACUGAUUUUAUUUAAUAAGCGGAUGCAUGAAGAAACCAUGAUGCAUCGCAAGUUUGCUCUGGAUGGCUCUCCUUGGGAGUUUAAUCUACGAGACGUGCUUCGAUCCUGUCAAAUAAUAAAGGAUACACCCCCACUGUCCAAAGAUUAUUGCUUUCUGGAUGUUGUCUAUGUUCAAAGGAUGCGUACAGAAUCAGACCGAAGAAAAGUCCUACAGUUGUAUGAGCAGAUAUUUGAAAUGAAGCCAUAUAUAAAUCCUCAUCCACGGGUUCAGCUCAAUUCUCAGUUUUUGUAUGUUGGAAAUGCUGCUGUAAGGAGGAGUUGUGUUCAGUCACCUGCACUCCCUAGCAAUGCCCUUCAGAUUUUGCCUGAAAUUCGUCAGAGCUUGGAAGCAGCUGCAUGUUGUGUACAGCAUCAGUGGAUGUGUAUCCUGAUUGGUCCAGCUUCGUCGGGUAAGACCUCAUUGAUCAGGUUACUGGCGCAGCUCACUGGAAAUGUGCUAAAUGAAUUACAUCUGUCAUCCGGGACUGACAUAUCUGAAUUGCUUGGAUGCUUCGAGCAAUACAACGCCUUCCGCAAUUUGCGUUCAGUUAUUACUCAGGUCAAGUUCUGGGUAAAUGAGUUUUGCAGUUUGCAAUUGGAGUUGUCAAACGAAACUUUUUUAUCAAGCAUUAGAGAUGAUUCUGUAUCUAGAUGGUUUGCUUUAUUAUCGAACUUGGACGAGGACUCUGUUUCUUGUUUCACAUCUACUCGUGUGGAGGAGAGAGAGAAAUUUUCAAGCAUUCUCACUUUGUUGGUUAAGAUUAUGAAACAUUUAAAGCUGGUGUUGGAGAACAAUAACUUAUCCGUAAGUUGUUCAAGCAAAGAACUCAUUAAAGCCAUGAAGACAAUUUUCAAGUUGCAAGAAGGAUAUGAGAGACGGACAGCAAAGUUUGAGUGGGUGACAGGAGUACUAAUAAAGGCUGUAGAACGAGGGGAGUGGAUUGUCCUAGAAAAUGCAAAUUGUUGUAAUCCAUCGGUACUUGAUAGGAUCAACUCUUUGGUGGAACCCUCUGGAUCCAUUACACUUAAUGAGUGCGGGGUCAUUGAUGGAAGGCCAGUUGUUUUGCAACCACAUUCUAAUUUUCGUGUGUUCCUCACAGUUAACCCAAGGUUUGGUGAAGUCUCCCGAGCCAUGAGGAACAGAGGAGUUGAAAUAUUUGUGAUGCCACCAUAUUGGCUAAUGAAUGAGAAUUUGAGAAGUCGUGGAAGAAUUGAACUAAAUGAUGUGAAAAGAUUUCUCGUUCUAUCUGGUAUUCCCUUUGCUAAAUUGGUCUGUGCGAUGGCUGAAUCACAUAUGUAUGCUAAAGAGGAAGGAUUACGUUUUAACGUGUGUAUAACAUAUCUUGAGCUUUCACGCUGGGUUCAGUUGUUUCAACAACUUCUCAAGACUGGCAGCCACCCUUUGUGGAGCUUACAAACAAGUUGGGAACAUAUAUAUCUUAGUUCAUUUGGUGACGCCAUUGGUGAAAAUGUUAUCUAUCAUGUGAAAAGUACAUAUUUAUCCGUUAGCGACUUGUGUGAAUCUGGCUCGUCACUGUCUCCAUAUUUGUGUUUGCCUGGAGGAUCGCCCAUGUCUAUGAAGCCCAGGGAUCUUGUGUGGCACUCAAAAGAAUCUUUUGUGAUGAAUAACUGCAUGUACCUAGAGUACCUGGGGGCUAAGUAUGCAUCUUACAAAUUACAUCUAGCCAGGAACAGGUGCUCUGUUUACCAGGAUUCAACUUCCUGUGGAUUUGUAGGGUCUUACUUGAUGGGUAUGAAGAUGAUGUCUGAAACUAUGAUUCAUAAGGCUCCCGGUUGUAAUUCUGUAACCCAUAGGCAAGAUGCCAUUAUUGACCAGGCAUUGGCUAGGGUUGAGAAAAAGCUAUUGUUUGCUGCCAACUGGGCGUUUGAACAGGCUACUGAAAGUGAUGUUAAGCUCUAUCUUCUGUAUUUUAGCUGGUUUCAAUCUCAAUUACAGCCCUUCUGUGACUUCUUUGAUUCCUUGGUGAAGUCGGUUAUGCUCACCAUGGAGCAUCAGAUUUGGAAAUACGCUCACCAUGUGCUUACAUCGCUUCACGAAGAAGAGUUUAAAAAGCAGCUAGAGCCGAUGCUAUAUUUUGAAUUAGUUGAUGUGCCCGAAUCGCAAGAUUCCAUCAAGUUUCUCCACAACGCCAUGUGCUGUAUAAUGCCACUGAGGGUCAGUUAUCAACAGUGGAAUUCUGAGGAAAGCUACUUUUGUGAAAAAGAUAGCUGUUUUAAGGAAGUUCUAAAAUCUUUGCGGAAGUUGGAGGAGCAAUUUCUCAAUAGAUUCUUUGAUUUGUCUCUCAUCAAGUCUCCUUCUUUCGAUGCACUUAUUGGGAUGUACACUGACCUUCUUGAAGAUCACAUAUUAUUUUGGGAUGGUCUUGAGUCAUCUGAAUUUGAGCUUUCGCUCCUUUCCUGGCAUAUGGUACUAAAGGGUGCUACAAAAUUGAAGGAUUUCUGUCCAGAAGCAGUAGAUGGUCUGCUGAAGGAGAGCAACAAUCUGGAAGCUAUCUCUUCUUGGCGAUUUCACUCAGAGAAGUCUUUGCUCUGGAUUCAUGGUGGUCAUCCUAUAUUGCCACGUUCUGCUAAAAUAUUUGAAAAGCAAAUCCUGAUUUCAGAGCUUUGCGAGUCAGUAUGGCCAACAUCACCAAAAUUAUUGGGGCAUGUUGAUGAUCCUAUUGGCUUUGUUUCGUCGGAUAUGCGCUCCCGUGUCCUGGAAGGUGUUUCCAUAACGUCAUGCAUAACUGGAAAAUCUGAUUCUGCUGAGGAUGAUGACCACCUUUUUAUGCAGUUGGAUGCCAUUUAUCAGAAGCUCCUGCAAAUGUUUGAAAAGCAAAGAAUCAAAUCGAAGGAGAUUUCAUCCUCUAGCAAGCGUUUCCCCAGAUCGAAUUCAUCUAUAUGUUGUUCUUAUUCAAAUGAAUCAUUAGGCUACGCAUCUGGGUAUGAUACUUGGCAGGACACUUCUCCCCUUGUUGACAGUACCAGUUUUGCCUUGGAUGUGAAGCUACUUCUGGAGCUAUCACAUGUUCUUUUAACUGAUCCCAAAAGAAUGCAGCAAGUUUUAGCCAAUGAAUCUGGCCAUCUGAAGUAUGCUUUGGAUUUCUCAUUGAACUACUCAUCAAGAGCGCCUCAAGUGUUUUCGCCACAUCAAAAGAUUUUGUGGAUACUGGAUGUGUGGAGUUUGGUGGAUGCAGCACAUGUAAAAAUGGCCAGUUUUGUGCUCGAACUGUGGUUCAGGUGGCAUCAAUCUUUGUGGAACUAUUGCCCUCUUUCAGUUAAGAGUUUCUCAAGCACUGAUGAUUAUAAUAUUCCAGUACCUGAUGUGCUCCUUCAACCUGUGGUAACAGCAACGGUCUUCCAGAUAAUGCAAAGCAGCACGUCUGCUAUUCAGGAUUAUUAUGCAGGUUCUCUAAAGCUUAGAGUUGCAUCAUCUAAUCUUUGGUAUAUCUCACACCCUGGAGUGGAUUUACCUGGUUUUCUACUAUCUACUGCCCACUCGUUGUUCCAGCAGAUUGUAUACGCGCAUGAAAGAUCUUUUGAUGCUGACCACUUUGCUGAAAUUAAGUCUGUAUUUGAGAAAGGAAACUUUCAUCUGGAUUCUCUUCUUUUAAAGUCAAGACACACUGCAAUAAAAGAGCCAAUGGAAAAUUUUAUCCAGCUUCUGGGAUCCCUUAUUUCAGAAUCAAGUCAUCACGGGCUGAAAAACUCUGUGAAUAAGUUUAUCAAGCCACUGCUUCAUAACCUGUAUCUACCGCAUUGCUUAUUGAAAGAUUCUCACUUUAAUCAUGGUUGUGCUUGGUUGCGGCUUGGGAUAUUACGUUUUACACUGCUUUGCUGUGAUGAUAUGGAUCCUGCCAUGAAAUACUAUUACAAGCAUUUACAGAUAGCAGAAAAGAUCUCUUUGCUGAAACUUGAAACUCAGGUGCGUCAAAAAUGUGAUUAUUUGGCUGGGCAUACCGGUCACAGAGAAUCUGAUGAAAAAAGGGUACAGACAUUGAAAAAGCUUGAAGUGGAGCACAAAAAGCUGCAGAGAAAGAUCAUUUUCCGCUCGGACUUUCGGAAAUUUAAGGGGUUAAAACAUGAAUGCGAUAAAUUUCUAGAUCGUGUCACCUCUGAUGUGUUUUUUCAACAUGUUACAAAUGAUAAGGCCUCCAUGAAUUCACAACAGCUUCUUGACCAAGGUUCUAACUGGCAGAAAAUGACAGCUGGUUUUAUUGAACAACUGUUAUCAGAGAAGUAUGUCGAGUACAGUGACUUUGUUCAACCAAUUCUGGUUGCAUUAUAUGAAAUGAAGUUGGGCUUAUCACUGAUUCUUGCUAGUAUAAAGCAAAACCGAAUCUUGAAUAGAGUUCAGCUGGGCAAUACGAAUAUGAUUUUGGGAUCUAUUUAUUCAUUCAUGAGGUUCCCUAGGGUAGCUUCUUCCAAGACCAUUUCUGUCAACAUAAGCACCGGUUCCAGUGAUUUUCCUUCUUUUAAUUUGGAAAUUCCUACAGCCUUCAGUGCUGAGGACAUAGGUCUUCUCGAGAAGUUGCUUACCUUUUCAAGCGAUGUUGGGUCUAAUAAUCGAGUAUCUGCUACACAACUCAAAGGUGCUCUGUAUCAAAACAUUCUUGUGCGUGUCGCCCACUUUGUAACCAAUGCAAGAGUGAUGGAUUGUGAAUCUUUUAAGCUAUUGGAAAAGAUAUUCAGUGAAUCUGCCAAGCAUUGGAUGAGUGCAAUGAUUCACAUGAAAGCCAAACAAGACCAUGCUUCUCAGCAAUACAAGUUUAGGGCUCGUGCCUUUAAGCUCGAGAGUAUAAUUGAACUAAAUAUAUCAUCUCUCGAGAAGUCGUUAGCUAAUGAAAGUUUCUCAGAAUGGAAGGAUUUUCUUGCUGAAGAGGAGGAAGUUUUGAAGGAACAAGGGAACUCAGAGGAAGAACUGAAUUAUAUAGAGGAUGCUUGCGUGAAAGAUGUAGUUGAAAUUCACAAUCAGUUAUUCGGGACAAGUGAUCUAGUCAAAGCGCCGGGUCAUUAUCUCAUCCAAGAUUCGGAUAGAGCGCGUUCGUUCACUGCUUCACAUACACUUGGAGUAGAGAUGCUUAAAGGUUUAGGGUGUUCGUUCCUUGCUAGUGUGGAUGCCAAAUUGGUGCCCGAGAACUUGUUUCGUAUUUGUUUGGAGCAUGAGCAGAUGUUCAGUUCAUCUCACAAAUCAUCCUUCAGAUACAAUUUUUACAAGGAUCCAAAUCCCACAACGAUGUAUGAAAUGGUGGAAGCACUUGUCCCUCUUCAGCAGCGAAUUUAUUCCCUUCUAAAUGAAUAUGAAGAUCAUCCACAGCUUCAGAAAAUAUUGGAUAUAAUUGAAAUGCUUUUGAAGAUUACUUCGCACGCCCCCUUAGCUAAGCCUCUCUCAGGAUUGCAAUAUCUGGUUAGAUGUCUUGAUUCAUUACAAGAUGGCUCAAAGUUCUCUUUUGCUGAUCAAGUGAAGAACCCCAUUUAUGAUGUGGUGAUCUCAUGGAGAAAGUUGGAGUUGGGGUCAUGGCCAGCAUUGCUUGACGAAGUGCAGGAUCAGUUUGAGAUUAAUGCUGGAAAGUUGUGGUUUCCUCUCUACUCAGUUCUUCGGAAGCGAACUUCUCCUGAUUCUGCUGUCUAUAAAUUAUGUACUAUCCAGAGUGUGGAGGAUUUCAUUCGCACAUCCAGCAUAGGUGAAUUUAAAAGAAGACUUCAACUUCUUUUCGCGUUCCUCGGCCAAAUAAAAGCUGGCGUGUGCCUGGAAGUUUACUCAAGUUAUUAUGAAAAGGAAAACGAGGAAAUUUUGUACAAUGCGUUUGGGUAUUACGUGCAAUUCUUACCAAAAAUUCUUGCACACAUAGAAUCUGGUAGAAGUGUAAUUGAGAAGAAACUUAAAGAUCUUCUCAAGCCAUACCACUGGGAGCUUCAUGAGAGUUCUCAGGACACCAGGAACGUUAUUGAGAAGAAACGUGCCAAUCUGAUGUCCAUUGAUACCUGCAAAGCAAAAAGGCAGAAGCUCAGGAAGAUUAUACAGGAGUACGCAGUUCUGCUGGAACAACCUGUUAUUGUCUUCCUUGAGCAAGAUGGUGCUAAAGGAACUGAAACUUGUUCUCAUCCAGGUCAGAGUUCCGUCAUUGAUAAUGUGAACAAAAAGAUUAAGUUGAUGGAUCCUGCUUUUGAUUGGACUGUUAUCAAUGAUGAAGACAGUUGGGUCAAGAAAGCAGAUGCUGCCCUGCACAAAUUACAGUGCGGUACCUUAAUUGAGUUUGGACAUACAGAAUCUGAAGGAAUCCCAAAUCAAUGGAGUGCUGUGUGGGACACACUUCAAAGAAUAAUUAGGAAGGCAAUGGAUUGUUGUGAGUUGUGGAAGGAUGCAAACAAGAGUCAAAAGAAGGCGCGAAGUUUUUCUGACCUUCUAAAUCUAUUAAAAACCAGUGGUUUAUCUAGAGAUGUAUUUACUGAGGAUGAAGUUAAUUCUUGGUGGUUUGUUGAACCAUCAUCCGAUGGUCAGCAUUUGCUGCUAAUGCAGAGUAGACUGCCCCAUCAUUCUGAUACACUUCUUCCAAGCAACUUCCAACGUUCUUCCCAUCAGAAUUUAGUUACAGAAUGGAGGAUGGCCAACACAUACUAUUUCACCAGUGUAGAAUCUGUUCUUUUCACUCAACAACAGGUUGGUAUGCCAGACCCUUAUCUGCAACAGUUCAUCAAAAUACAACAAGAUCAACACCGAGCUGCUAAUAAGUUUACAGAGAAUUUAAGGCGUUUGAAGGAAUGUAUUUCUACUUUUGAAAAUUGUAUUGCUUUUGAUGAUGGAAAUGGUAGCAAGUGCUCUAUUGGUCAAAAUCAACAUGCCACGUUGAGAUGUAUGUGGCAGCAGAAGCAACUGUUUGAUAGUCUGUAUGACAUGACCCAAGAUGAGGUUUUGUUGCUCAAGAUACUUGAGAAUACCCAUUUAAACACAUGUCAUACUAUCAAGAAUGAAGUGAAUGAGUUUGUUGCUUCUGUGGAGAAGUUUAUUCCAGCGCUCCAAAAGUCCAAGGAAUCCUUGGACAAUUAUCUUCUUGGCCCAGAGAGAACAAUUCGACCUUCACAAUCCAUCAUUAUUUCAAAGCAGAUGGAAAAAUUGGUCAUUCAAAAUUUUGAGGUUAUUAGGCAGUUUGAGGCUCAUCUUCUUGCUUGCCAUGUCCAAGAUGUAAAAAGCUCUGUUAAAGAUAUUUUGCUCCAUCAUCUUUUGGAAAUAUGUGAGAAGGUGAAAUUGUUGGAACGUGUAUUUCAUUCAGCGAUGGACAAGAAAAAGGAUUCAAUCAGUGAACAUGAUAUGCAUGAUUACCGUGAGAAAGAUGCUGCAUAUCAGCAAACCCUAAGAAGUACAUUCGAACAUAUUGUGGGAGCAAUGCAGAAAUUGGGUUCAUCAUGUAAUGGGCAGGUUCAUCUGGACAAGUCUUUGGGGCAAAUUACGUCCUGGGAAGAAAUAUUUGACAUAUUUGUUGAAAAUAUGAGCUUGGACCAAUUAUGUAACAAGCUUCUAAGAACAAUUUUUUCUGCGGAAAAGUUGGUGAAUCACAGGGGUGGUGAAUCUAGCAGUCUACUUGUCCGAGUUGAUGCUGAUUUUAAGCAGCUACGUCUGUGUUUGGACAUUAUCUUGGAUUUUGGCCAUGCUUUGUUAAAAGAACUUUUGGCUAUGCGGAGAACUGUAUCUCUAACGACUCAUAUACUCGCGAAUCUUCUGGCUUUAUCUUCAAAUGGUCCCACAAUAUCUCCCGAGGACAAUGUGGAUGAUGCUACCCGUGAUAUUUCUCAAGAACAAGAUGGAACAGGUAUGGGGGAGGGUGUAGGACGGACUGAUGUCAGUGAUCAGAUUACGAAUGAAGACCAGUUGAUUGGGGCACCAGAAAAGCAGCCCAGUGACGAAAAUGAUGCCCCAGGUCAAGCCCCAAGUAAAGAUGAUAAAGGGAUUGAGAUGGAGCAGGAUUUUGACGCUGAGAAAUCCAGUGUCAGUGAUGACUCUGAAGAAGAUACAAAUCCAAAAGAUGAUGAGGAUGAUGAGCAAAUAGAGACUGAAGUCGGACCGACUGGGGAAGAUGGUACAGAUGUUGAUGAGAAACGGGGGAACAAGGAUGAAGAUGAAAAUCUCAAUAAAGCAGAUGAGAAGUAUGAACCUGGGAGUUCAGUUGUUGAUAAAGAUGCUAGCUCUAGGGAGCUUAGAGCUAAGGAAGAUAAUGAUGCUGUUAAUAAACUGGGAGAGCUUGAUGAUGAUGAACUUGAUGAACCGGAGGGUGAAACUGGAAACCAGGAUGACCCUGUGGAGAAUGGAGAUGAGAGGAACCUCGAUAAACAAAAAGAUAUGGAAUGUACAGAAUUAAAUCCUGAUGGUCCUAAUGAUCCUGAUGGGAUGGAUCCAGAUUCUGCUGGAGAAAUGGACAUCGAUGAUCCUGAAGUGCAUGAUGAUGAUGAGAAUAUUAAGCACGAUGACAACCUUGAAUGUCCAACCGAUGAAAACAUGAUAGAAGCAGAGGAAAAUGUAAAAGAAAUAGAUGCAACCUCAGACAUGGAGGACUCUGGUGGAGAUAUGGAAGAUACUGAGAGGAAUUCUGGAAUGAGAAAAGAUGCGUUCGAACCAGGAUUAUCUGACUCCAUCGGUGGUAAUGAGCCUAAUGCAGAAUCUUCAACCCAACCAAAGGGUGACUCAAAGACAUCAGAUGCAGGGGAUGUAGCACCAGAGUCAACCUGGACAACUAGCAAUGAAGUCAAUAAUGAACUCACAUCAAUCAAUGGUUUACCUUCCAGUAAUGCAUCUGAGAUGAAUCUGAUGACCUCUGACUCAUCAAAUAAUGGCAGAAAUGCUGGUGAGCUGCCAAAAGGUCAACAGCCUAAGCAGGAAAUGCCAUCUGUUUGUAAAAGUCAACCAAAUCCUUACCGUAGUAUUGGGGAUGCACUGAAGGAGUGGGAGGAAAGAGUUAGUGUGUCUGUAGAUCUUGAGGUGGGUGAUCUAGAGCCACAGGGUGAUAUAGAGAAUGAAAAUGUGGAAGAGUUUGGAUAUGUUAGGGAGUAUGAAGAGGGGACGGCUCAGGCUUUGGGUCCUGCAACAUCAGAGCAGAUUCACAAGAAUGUUUCUGGUAAUAAGACCAGUGAAGAUGGUAUUUCAACACACAAAGAUGAUUCCGUUGUGAAGGAAAUUGAGAAACAAAUUCAAACAAUCCCUAACAGGAGUUCUGACUCGAUCCUUAAAAAUAAGGUAGAGGAUCCGAGGGAUCUUUCUGGUCCAGAGAAAUCGCCUGGUGAGGGAUCUCAGCGAAAUCAUGAUGAUGAUAAGCCUGAAAGUAUGGUCGAGGAUGUGGUUUCUAUGAAGAAAUCAUAUUUGAGUGAUGACAUACAUCAGCUCAGUAAACUUUCCGUAGAUGACGAUGACAUGGGGAAGGCGCAAGAUCUUGGCGAGGUUUCUGAUGAAGCUACAAAGAAUGCUACUGCUCUCUGGAGUAGAUAUGAGAGGGUCACAACAAGGUUGUCCCAAGAGUUGGCUGAACAAUUGCGUCUAGUCAUGGAACCUACAGUGGCCAGCAAGCUUGAAGGGGAUUAUAAGACUGGGAAACGGAUUAACAUGAAGAAGGUGAUUCCCUACAUAGCAAGUGAGUACCAGAAAGAUAAAAUAUGGCUGAGACGGACCCGCCCUAAUAAACGUGAUUAUCAAGUUGUCAUUGCUGUUGAUGAUUCCCGCAGCAUGUCUGAGAGUUGCUGUGGGGAUGUUGCUAUCGAAGCUCUGGUGACAGUUUGUCGUGCAAUGUCACAACUGGAAAUGGGCAACCUUGCUGUUGCAAGCUUUGGAAAGAAAGGCAACAUAAGGUUGCUGCAUGACUUUGAUCAGCCCUUUAAUGGAGAUGCUGGAGUUAAGAUGAUCUCUGGUUUCUCAUUCAAGCAAGAAAAUACUAUUCUUGAUGAACCAGUUGUUGAUUUGUUGAAGUUUGUGAACAACAAGCUAGAUACAGCUGUUGCAAGAUCAAGACUCCCCUCUGGACGAAAUCCACUACAACAGCUUGUUUUGAUAAUUGCAGAUGGUCAUUUACACGAGAAGUUAAAACUUCACCUGUGCAGGAGAGGUUGAAAAGUUGUCGUUAGGGAUGCCUUGGCUAAGAACCGCAUGGUUGCAUUUCUGCUUGUUGAUAACCCACAAAACCCACAGAACUCGGUCAUGAACAUCCUCGAAACAUGUUACGAGGGUGGGGAGGUCAAGUUUACAAAGUACAUGGAGUCUUUCCCCUUCCCAUACUACAUUGUAUUGAGGAAUAUUGAAGCACUGCCUCGGACUCUUGCUGAUUUACUGAGACAGUGGUUUGAGCUCAUGCAGCAGAGAAGGGACUGAGAUCCAAGCAACGCGACUGCGAUCCUUGUUAAUCAACGAAAACGAAGAUUUUGUAUAGUAGAUGAUGAUACCUUGGUGUAUGUGAAACACCUACCAAAGAAAUACUUGUACAGGAAACUAUAUCAUUUACCAUCUUAUCAUCAAUGAAUAUUAGCACUAGUCUUGUCUUCCUCCCGUUUUACUACAUUCUUUUACAGUUUUACCUCCCUACACCACCUUUCUCAGCCCACACGAAUGUCUUUUAUAUUUAUAAAAUAUAUUUUAUUUUGUUG